GCCCGGGGCUGGGGAGGCCGCCGCCUCCCUGGGCCUGCCGGGGAGGCCGCCUCCGCGAUGCCGCUGCUCGUCGAAGGGCGGCGAGUGCGGCUGCCGCAGUCCGCCGGGGACCUCGUGCGAGCCCACCCGCCUCUGGAGGAAAGAGCCAGACUUCUCAGAGGUCAGUCUGUUCAACAAGUGGGACCCCAGGGCCUUCUGUAUGUUCAGCAAAGAGAGCUGGCAGUGACCUCCCCAAAGGAUGGCUCCGUCUCCAUUCUGGGCUCUGACGACGCCACCACGUGUCACAUCGUGGUCCUGAGGCACACAGGUAACGGGGCCACCUGCUUGACCCACUGCGAUGGAUCGGACACCAGAGCGGAGGUGCCCUUGAUCAUGAGCUCCAUCAAGUCCUUCUCCGACCAUGCCCAGUGUGGAAGCCACUUGGCGGGGACUUGCUCCCAGCCAGACCCGUUCCAGGUCCCCAGGCCGCAGCCGCAACCAUGGGAGACAGAAGCUGCUCCGGGGCGCUCACGUGCUAAGGCAGGGGGGCCGCAGGGAGCCCCACGGGAUGGUGCGAGCCGGGAAGAGCUGGAGGCCGCCCAGGCGGGGAAGCUUGGCCUGAGUUUCCUUCGUGGCAGCCAGGCCGGGCCGGCUUCAGGAGCCGGUGAGCCGUGCGGGCAGUGCCUGAUUUCCCUGGGCCCCGGGUCCCGCCGGCAGGAGGCAUCCUUGUGCGGUUCUGGAACCAACGUCGGCGCGCUGGCAGGGGUGCGGCAGGGUACCCCGGCAGGCGAACCCGGAGCCCCCGAGCCAGCCCCGUGGCCAUCACGGCUCCUCUUGCUGGCUCAUGUUUGUUGGGGCCCCUUGAUGCUUGUCCUCGUGCUGGCGAUGUGGCCAGUCAGGUUCCUUCCUCAGGAAGUUGGUCCUGGAAAGCGCUGUCCCUGUCCCCGGCUGGGGACAGAUUAGCAGACGAGGGCGGGGAACACGGGGUCCAGCAGCGGAGCUGGGCGUUUCCAGCCGCGGGGCUUCUCGGGGCUCUGCCGUGCUCGUGUGCGCGGGGACCGUCCUAGGGAGGGUCACCCCGAGGGAGUGGCACAGUGUCCCCAGCUUGGAAAAGCUGGUGUACUGGGUACGCGUGGCUUUAGGAACAGACCCGGUUUCCUUCUGGAAAUGGAAGUGAUAUUCCCUCCUUCUGGGUGAGGUGGAUGGGACAUAGUGCGGCAAGGGGGCCCCCCACAGUCCCCGCAGCGGCCGCCGCCUCCCCUCCCCAGCUCCGCACCCUCUCAGGCUGAGAUGCGUUAAGAGGUUUCUGGAAGCACCCAGCACUGGGUGGGUGAAAGUGUGAGGUAGUCCUGUCCCUGCAGAGCUGGGCGUCUCGCGUGCAGACGCAGCUCCCCUCUGCCAUCAGGGCCCCUGGGCGGGGUCCCCAGAAGCUCGUGCAGCCCUGGCAGCCACACCCGUUU